AUGUCGGUGUUGUGGACUGUUGUCCUCCUCAACAGCCUGCUGAUCCCUUCACAAGGACUUGGAAUCCCAUUCCUGAUUGCCAGAGCUGAAACAAAUGGUUUCAGAGAUUCACCAGCCAAAGGUGUUCCCCAGAGAGCUCCACAUGGUCUCCUUGGUGGCAAUCUUCUCGGCGGUCUCCUUGGCAAAGGUGGUCCUGUUGGCAGUCUCCUUGGCAAAGACGGACCUGUUGGCAGUCUCCUUGGCAAAGAUGGACCUGUUGGCAGUCUCCUUGGCAAAGAUGGUCCUGUAGGCAGUCUUCUUGGCAAAGACGGACCUGUAGGCAGUCUUCUUGGCAAAGAUGGACCUGUUGGCAGUCUCCUUGGCAAAGAUGGACCUGUUGGCAGUCUCCUUGGCAAAGAUGGUCCUGUAGGCAGUCUCCGACCUGUUGGCAGUCUCCUUGGCAAAGAUGGACCUGUUAGUGGUCUCCUUGGUGGAGAUGGUCUCCUUGGUGGCCUCCUUGGAGGAGAUGGACCUGUUGGUGGUCUCCUUGGUGGAGAUGGUCUCCUUGGUGGCCUCCUUGGAGGAGAUGGUGCUGUUGGAGGUCUCCUUGGUGGUCUCCUCGGUGGCAAUGGUCUCCUUGGUGGAGAUGGUCUCCUAGGUGGCCUUCUUGGCAAAGACAGUGUAGUUGGUGGUCUCCUUGACCAAGAUGGUGUCCUUGGCGGUCUCCUUGGCAAAGGUGGUGUCGUUGACGGUCUCCUUGGCAAAGAUGGCCUUGUUGAUACUCUCCUUGACACCGUCCUUGAGCUUCUCAUUGGCAAAAAUGGUCUCCUUGGCAAAAAUGGUCUCGUUGGCAGCCUUCUUGGUAGAAACGGUGAAGAACUCAUAGGACUGAGAAUUGUGAACAACACCCUCCCCAAAAUCAGUCUGCGUUCCCUGCCAGGCUUCGGGCACCAGGUGGACUUCAACACACAGCUGCUGGUAGAGAGCAGUGUGCCAGGCCAGCCACUCUGCGAGCGGGUGGAGGUAGACGCAAGCAUGCUGGUCCAGGACACGUGGACGGCUCACCAGAACGCUCUGAACUGCAAGACUGUUGACAUAAACACCUAUGUGAGACCCAGAGUGCCAGUUCUGGAUGAGCCUUUGAAACGCCUCCUUAGCGGUGUCCUGCAGGAUCUGGCAGAUUUCUGA